AUUAAAGAUUAAAUAUUAAUACAGAAUAAUGAAACCUUAUCGCUUUCACCAACUAACUUCUAUAAAAUUGUGCAGACCAAACUGAUAUCGUCUCAAUUUCAUUCCCUCACCAAGUCACCACAGUUGAUCCCGCGUCAGAAUUUUUAGUUUCCUCUCAUAAGCUGAUGAUUCCGUAGAUUGUUUAUUAUUUCUUUUAAUUAUUAUUAGUAAUAUUUAACAAUUCAAAAAUCUCACUUUUUUUUAAAAUCUGAGUGGAAGGAAAUAGAGAAAUAGAAAGAGAAAGGGCCUGUUUCACCCUGUUUGUCAAUGGAGAAGAAGGUAGAAGUACAAAGCAAGGGUGAUUCACGAUUUAAAACUUCGUGUACAACACUGAAGCGGCGCGGCCUCUGAAUUUUUCAUCGGGAAGGGAUUGAAGCGCGGUAUCAGAAUUUUCACAUCAGAAGGAUUUAAAAGGGUUUGUUGAAGAAGGAAAAUGGCAGCCAGGGGGAGACAUCCAUUUUAGGUGUUGACUUAGAAAAGGAAUUGCAUAUACCUUUCUCGGCCUUUUGGCUAAGAUCAAGAGAAAAGGGGUUUGCAUUUUUGUGGGUGUUUUUUAAUGCCGGAGACAAAGUAAAGGUGUUUCGUUGAGGCGUUUCAUCAAACAGAUGGUGAUCAGCGAUAUCGCGUCCUUUGUUGUUUCACUAAUCCCUUAAUAGAUGCCCAGUUCCCAGAAAGUCUGCUCUGCCGGUCUUUCCUCUUCGCCGACGCCGUCUCAAUCACUUGACGACUGUGGGAAUGCUGGGAAAUUUACCGACACCCGAGAGAACUCAUCCGCGCAUCGUCGCCUCACGCGCCUGAGGAAGCUCAGGCACGUCAGCGAUGAUGAUGUGGGGUUGCACUCGAACGUCAAUGGUCGUUCACAUUCGCUGACGAAUUCGCCCGAUUCUGCGGGGAAGUUGCGCUCCCCGGACGGCCAGGAGCACUGGUCUUCUUCGGCCACUCCGAAGCCUUUGCCGCGACCUGAAUCGUUUGUACAUCGUAGACCCCAGUCGUCAUCUCCGGUUUAUCCCAUAUCACUUGAUGAAGGACACUCCACUGCUAUCGGAAGUUUUAUGAAACUCAGGUGGAACAACGAUCGUGUCGCUAAACUUCUGGCAAAAUCUCCGAUCAAUUUUCGAGGGGACGUCCAUUUUGGAAGCGUUAGCAAUGGUCAACGGCUGAGCGCUUCUGGUGGUCUGAGCGCUAAUACAAACGGUUUCUUAAGUCCUCCGGUUAGCCCUCCAAGAUCAAGCACCAAAGAUUUCUUUCACUCUCAUGAUGUCAUGGAUUCCACCCAAUCUUUGUUCAAUCGUCGCCGAUUAUCUCAUGACUUGAAUGUUGGGAGGAGCUCUAACUACGACUUGAUGCUGGUUGUUCCUACCAGGAGUGCUCCAACAAGUGUUUUCUCUAGUCCUGUUGCUAGCCCUCGAAGAUCAGAUGCAUCAGAUGUUCUUAAUUCUCCCUUUUGGGGACAUCAAGAUCAAUUACCUGCUUCAAUAGCUUUAGAUGUUCUGCCAGCCAGGAAGUCUGAAGCCUAUAGUUUGCCAGUAUCCCCAAGAAAUCUACAUACUCCCGAACGUUCUCCACAACAUAGCCUUAGUGUUCCAAGUCCCUACCUCAAUGCCAGAAGUCCAAAUAGAUUUCCAUUUCCUCCACAUGCUAAUCCUCAUCCAUUGCCCCUUCCACCAGGAGCCUUGCAACCUCCACAACAAUCAAUACCUCCAAUUGGGCAUCACAUUACAGAAAAACCAGCUUCAACGUCAAUGAAAGGUCAAUGGCAGAAAGGAAAGCUUAUUGGGCGGGGUACAUAUGGAAGUGUUUAUUAUGCAACCAACAUGACGACUGGAGCUUCAUGUGCAAUGAAAGAAGUGGAUAUCAUUCCUGAUGAUCCUAAAUCUCUUGAAUGUAUAAAGCAAUUGGAGCAGGAAAUUAAAGUUCUACAGAAUUUAGAGCAUCCAAAUAUUGUGCAGUAUUAUGGCAGUGAAAUUGUUGAUGAUCACUUUUACAUCUAUUUGGAGCUUGUCCAUCCUGGCUCGCUUAAUAAAUAUAUUCGUGAACAUUGUGGAGGCAUAACGGAGUCUAUAGUUCGCAAUUUCACCCGCCACAUUCUAUCUGGGCUGGCAUACUUGCACAGCAAAAAGACCAUCCACAGGGAUAUCAAAGGUGCAAACUUGCUUGUUAAUGCAUCUGGUGUUGUUAAACUUGCCGAUUUUGGUAUGGCCAAACAUCUUACAGGACUAUCAUAUGAGCUGUCUUUGAAGGGCAGUCCAUACUGGAUGGCUCCAGAGGUCAUAAAGGCAGUUAUGCAGCACAAAGAUGCCAAUCCCGAUCUUGCUCUGGCAGUUGACAUUUGGAGCUUGGGUUGUACCGUCAUUGAGAUGUUUAAUGGUAAACCUCCAUGGUCUGAGUUUGAAGGGCCUACAGCUAUGUUCAAGGUUAUGAACCAAACCCCACUCAUACCAGAAGCAUUGUCAUCAGAAGGAAAGGAUUUCCUCCGGCGUUGCUUUAGAAGGAAUCCUGCAGAGCGGUCAUCAGCAGCUACUCUACUUGAUCAUCCUUUUGUGCGGAAUUCAGUCGAUCAGAGCAUGUCAGCCCUUACCCAAGCAUUUUCUAGUAUGAACCAAAUGGAUAAAUCACAUAGUAGUCCAAGAAACUGCAACACACAUACAUCUGAUUUGAGGUCUACUUCCCCAAGCACACAGAUUACAAAUGGGAAGUUGCCACAUUAUAGUGAGACUCGUCAAGUAUGUCAUGCUGAAACCUUUGCUUGUGCUGGAGCUUCUUGUCAUCCUUGCUGCUCUAGUUCUACUCUUGAAGUUUCCACUAGCCUGUUUGCAACAAAGCAGAUCAACGAUUCACACAUCUUCAGCCUUUCUUCGCAUGCCAGCAAAAUGCCUCUUGGUACCGUAAACAAUCAUCCAUGUGCCCUUUUGAGGACUCAGGGGAAGGAAGUGCAGCAUAUCUGAACCAACUUUCUGGUUUUCUAGAAUUCAUCUGAAAGCUAGGUCCUUCAUGAAUCGCCAACAAGAAAAUCUCUUGACUUCCAUCUUAGGACUCCUUGACUUGCAGUUAGACAGGAUUUGCCAAAAUUUUCCAUCUCCAUUGCCUCACUGACCAGUGUAAAUACAGGUGGCCUUGAUUGUGAAAUGCAUUCAACUGGGAUUUGUAAAUCUGGGAGACGUUUCCACAUUAAUUCCUCUGUAAUUUAGGGCUUGUACUGAUAGAAUCCUUUUAUUUGUAGGAGUAAAUAGAUAGGGAAGUGUUGAGAUUCUUGAGAAGCAUGGAAAAAGAAGAAUGCUCUCACUUUUGAUUUGAUCAAGACAAUGAUAAAUUUGUAUGGUAUAAUUAUUUUUGUUGUAUGAUAAUGAUAUGAAGGUCCCAUUUUCCUUGGUGUAAUUCAUUUUCCU